AUGCACACGUGCAAAAAUAUAGUGCAGCUUAAAUGUGAAUUUGAGGUUUGGUUUGGGUUGAGGAUCCCUUCUGUUGGCUUAGGGCUUAAUUCUAAGGGUUGCAUUAGCUUUUUAUUCGAAAUUGAAAACUCGGGUAGCAAGCCAAAGUCUCUUGCAUUCACAUCAAAGGAAUUACUAUCAUUCACCAACAACUUUGAUGAAAGAAAUAGGAUUGGAUCAACUCAAUUUGGCGAAUUGUAUCGAGGUAAGUUUCAACAUGGUAGUGAAGCUCAAGAUGUAGCCGUGAAGAUUUGGAAUGAAAAAUCGGAUCAUCUAAUUGGCACUGAUGAUUAUCUCAUGGCGAAGGAAUGCAAUCCGAUCUUAUUCGACUUUGGACUGUUGAGUGGAGGGAUCAUUGGUGGACCGAGGGGAAUAGUAUGUGAUGUAUUUUCAUAUGGUGUUAUUGUUCUGGGGCAUAUAGCCAAAAGACUUUUUGAAGAAGUGAAGUUGCAUAAGGGAGAGUGGAGACAGGAGAAUAUUUUGGUAGAUGAAUGGGCCAACAGUGUGUACAAGCCCAAUGGUUCACUUGUCCACAGUAGCGUGGAGAAAGACCUGGGUUAUUAUGGUCCUGAUGCUCCGAUAAUAACACAGCUGGGGAUGCGCUGCGUAACUUAUUUUCCCCCUGACCGUCCAACUAUGAAGGAAGUUGUAGAGUGCUUGGAGCAUUUACAAGUAGUUGAACAUCAUGGCGAUGCACUAGCCAGUGGUAAGUUGUAA